AUGGAGAGUGACCAGUUCACCAUAAAUGAAACUGAGAAAUUCCUGAAUGUUACUCUUCGCCGAAGAGGUUAUUUAGGUGAAACCUGCUUUAUAACAAUCAAAGUUGAAAAUGGUACAGCCAUUUUGGGAGAAGAUAUCCAGAGUCGUUAUGCAACUCAGGUGCAGUUCAAUCCAGGUCAAACUGAAAAGACUUGGCGUAUUCAGUUGAUUGAUGAUGAGAAAUUUGAAAAUCAAGAAAAAUUCUACCUCCAAGUGAGUGAUCCAGUAAUGGCAAUAAUUGAAGAACCUUCACGGGCAGCUGUGAUUCUUGUGGAUGCUGAAGAUGAAUCUACAAUUUUCAUCCCGGAGGAAGAGUACAGGACUCCUGAAACUGUCGGAGAAGUUAUGAUUCCAAUUUAUCGAACAGGUGAUAUAUCACAAGAGUUGAUGGUUAUUUGUUACACUAUCCCAGCUUCAUUUUUUUUUUUUGCUUUUCUUUUAUCAUUUAUAAUCUUUCUUUUUUGCUGCUUUCUUUCUUUUAUUUUAUCAGUUUUGCACUUUAAAAUUUGUUUUCAUUUCUUUGCUUUUACUUCUUACUUUAUUUUUGUUUUUUCUUCUAUUUUGUUGUCUCUUUUCCUUUUCUCAUUCUUAUUUUUAAUUCACAUUUUUCUCUUUUUUCUUUUCUUUCUUCUUUAUUUUGCAAACAUCAAUAUAUACAAAACUAUAUCUAUCUAUCUAUCUAUCUAUCUAUCUAUCUAUCUAUCUAUCUAUCUAUCUAUGUGUACUGCUCAAGGCUCUCCAAAUGAUUCAGAAACAUCUUCUUCUGAUUAUGUAACUCGUCCCAAUGACAGUAGGAGUGUGGUUCAUUUUGAUAAAGAUGAGACCAAAAAAUUCUGCAAAAUCAGUAUUAUUGAUGAUUCAUUAUUUGAGGAAAAUGAAAAAUUCAGCGUGAGCCUGUCUCAACCAAUAGGUGGACACCUGGGAAAACCUAACACUACAGCUAUUGUGAUUGAAUCGGACAGUGGAGAUGAACCUGUGAUAUAUUUUGGCAAUACUGAAUAUUAUGUUGAUGAAGUUGAGAAAUAUGUUGAUGUCAAAGUUUGGCGCAUUGGAACUGAUCUUUCUCGAGUGUCCAGUGUCACAGUCCUAUCCAAAGGAAUUGACCCUCGGUCAGCUGAAGCUGGACUUGACUACAUUGCUGUUAACAAGAUCCUGACCUUUGAACCUAGUGCCACAGUUCAGACACUAAAGGUUGUGAUUCUUGAUGACCUCGGCCUUCCCAAAGUUGAAGGAAAGGAAGAAUUUGAGCUGAUCCUUCGAAUGCCUGUGAAUGCCAAACUUGGGACACAAAGAACAACUCUGAUAUCAAUCAACGAUUCUACGUCUGACUUGCCACUGAUGCAGUUCAAGGAGACUGAGAUUGUGGUAGAUGAAAAUGAUGGCUCUGUUUCUGCUACCAUUGUACGCAGUGGAGACUUAAGUCAUAUUUCUACAGUUCGCUGUUACACUCGACAAGGGACUGCAUUGGUAAUGAUGGACUUUGAUGAACGACCAAAUACUAAUGCUUCUGUCAUUAGAUUUGAGCCAGGUGAAAGAGAAAAGACUUGUAGAGUAAAAUUAAUGGGUGACCACAUCCAUGAACAAGAGGAAGAAUUUUGUUUAGUACUUGGAAGUCCUUUCAGUCCAACCUUAAAGCAAGCACUUAUUGGACCCAAAAACAUCACACAUGUUAAACUUACAGAUUUGGCAGACAAGCCUGUGAUAAAAUUUGAGAACAACAAAUACUCUGUUAAAGAACCCUUUGAAUAUGGAGAGUUGGCAUAUGUUCGCAUACCAGUGGCUCGCUAUGGUGACCUUUCACAGACUUCAGUGGUUCGAGUUCAUACCAAAGAUGGCUCUGCUAAAUCAGGAAGAGACUAUAAUAGAGUCUCUAAAGAACUGGUGUUUAGUGUCAAUGUGUCACAUCAAAUGGUGGAAAUUGAAGUUUUACAUGACAAUGAAAAAGAAAUGCGAGAAGCAUUCACUGUGCACUUGAAACCUGAUAAGAACUUUGUUGCAGAAGUACAAAAAAACAAUAAAGCUAUUGUGUAUAUAGAGGAACGUAAAAAACUUGCAGAUGUGACCUUUCCAACUGAACCAAUGGUGGUAUCUCUUAGGGAUUAUGAUAAUGUUGAUCUUACCAACCCACAACCAAUUCAAGGAUACCCAUGUAUCUGCAUAACAGCGUGCAAUCCAAAACACCCUGAGUUCUCCAAGACUGGCAUUUUAUGUGAAAAAGAAGGCAUUAACAAUACACUGACUAGAUUCCGUUGGCGCAUCUCAGCUCCCAGUGGCGUUAAUGGAGUCACCAGUGAAUUGAAUAAUGUUGAAGCUAACACUUUCUUUACAUCUACAAAAGGAAUUACAUUGGACAGCAUCUAUUUUGGACCAGGAAGUCGUGUACAAUGUGGAGCACGGGCUGUGAAUGUAGAUGGAGAUCCUGGUCUGGAAUUACUAAGCCGCACUGUCACUGUUAGUCAUGAAGAAGGACUUUGCAUGGCUCAGAGUUUGAACUCAGUUGGAGCUGAACCAUUUACAGCAAAACUUAGAUAUACAGGUCCUGGAGAUUCUAAGUAUGCCAACAAAGUACGAAUAAGCAUCGUUAUCCCCCACAGAGAUGGCAUGUUCCCAGUUGUAUCCACAAGACGUUUAUCUAACUUUGAACUUAUACUGAGUCCAGAUGGUACAAGAAUUGGACAACAUCGUUGUUCUAAUCUUCUUGACUAUGAUGAAAUCCAGACCCAGUUUGGUUUCAUCACAAAUGAGACAAGGAAUGCAGAUGUGACUAGUGUAAUGGAGCCCUACCAAUAUAACAGCAAAUUGAGAGGAGAUACAGCCCUUCGGUUUUAUAGGAACUUGAAUUUAGAGUCUUGUCUCUGGGAAUUCACUGCCUAUUAUGAUAUAUCUGAAUUGGUCAAUAUAUGUGGUGGAGAUAUAACAACACAUGGACAAGCACAGAAUUUAAAGCAGUCAUAUAUGUCACUUCAUAUACCCCUGUAUAUCUCCUAUAUGUUCCACUCUCCAAUAAUACAACUGGGUUGGCAACAUUUUGACAUGGUAUAUCGAUUGAGGUUAAUAUUUGUUUAUGACACAGCAAGUUUAUGGCAAAAUGGCUUUGGUGACACAGAAGAUGCCAGUUUUGGAGGUUAUAUCUACCCAACAAGCAUAAAAAUAAAAAAUGAUGGGCGACUCAUGGUGGAUUUCAAGAGUGAAGCAAGAUUUCAUGGACAGUUUGUUCCUGAACAUAAAGGUUCAAGACAUAAGUCACUGGUGAUGACUCCUGAACAUUCAGAUUUAAUUUUCACACUGGAACUGAUCCACACUGAACCAACAUAUGAACAACCAGAACAAACAUGGCGUUUUACAUCAGACUUUGCUGUGAGGGAUUACUCUGGGCAAUACAAAAUUAAACUUGUGCCUUGUACUACUCCGCUUGAUGAGGAAUUUGCUCUGCCCCUGGUAUGUGACCCCAGAGAUUCAAUAACAUUCAGCAUGCCGAUCCGUUUGAAGCAAGUUAGUGAUCCAGUUCCGGUCAAGUUCAGUCUUAACACUGAAUUCUAUUUGCUGAAAAAACGAGAAUUAUGGCUCAGUGAUGGUCCAUUGGCAUUUGAUGAAGUUUCAAAUGUGGCUUUUAUUGAAGGUGAUUUGAUUUAUGGACGCAUCAAUAUUGAUCCUGUCCAGAGUUUGCAAGACUCAUUUUCCCUCAAUAUAGAAAAAGUUUUCAUUUGUUCUGGCAAAGAUGGCUACAUUCCUAAAUACGAUCCAGACAAUCAAGAAUAUGGCUGUGUUGUUGAUUCUCCCAAUUUGCAUGAUGUGUUCAAAAUCUUGGACAAAGGUGCAACGCAUACUGCUGAUAAAUUAUUCCACAAUAUUUCUUUCAAUGCUACAUUGGCUUCAGAGGAUCCAACAGCUUAUAAACUGACUGAAAUGCCUGGAAUUGAUGGCUUCUCUCUGUCUUCAAAACCUCUCUUCCAGGUGGAUGCUGGUAGACAAUGGUAUAUCCAUUCAAUCUACACAAUCCUUUCAAAAGAGAAUGCACACCAUGGUAUCGGAAGACGCAGUGUUGAUUAUCAUAUUUUGUCAUUUGUACCACAGCAGGAGUUGCAUAACCGGCAGAGACGGUCAAUCAAUGAUGUUGAAGAUAUUGGAAAAGAAGGAAAAGGUACAAACAUGGUGCUUGUACAACUCGAUCAUAAGAGUAAAGCUCCAGAGAGAGGAAAAAAUAAAACUGUUCAAUCGUUUCCCUUGAUUCCUAUUUUGGUAGCUACUGCAGUGGUCAUUCUCCUCUUUGUCAUAGCAGUCAUUGCGUUCUUGCACCAACGGAAAAAGACAUCUACACCUCCACCAUCACCAGCAAACACCUUCACAUCCCCGAGUGGAAAAACACACAUUGUUUAUGCUAACCCUAAUAGCAAGUUUGAUCCAGACAAAACGGAGGUGUAG